AUGAUACCAAUAACAUGCAAUGAGAAUCUCAUUGAAAAAUCAUCUAAUAACAUCGAUGAAGAUUCAUCAACUAAAAAUGCAUUAUCACAAAUGGUCGAAGCGUCAGCACAAAAAACAUCAACGUCCUUGAUAAAACGAUAUUUUCCACUUGGGUUUCGUGACGAAGCGUUAACAUUAAUUAAAAUUACUUUCCCAUUCGCAUUGGGAAAUGUUCUUGCUUCUUGGCUUCUCUCAUUUGUCUCACUUGCAUUUAUAGGUCAUGUACAUGGACAAAUAGCAUUAAAUGCUUCUGCUUUAGCUUUCUCUACUUAUAUCCUUAUUGCAAAUUCUUUAAUGCUUGGACUUAAUUUUGGUUGUGAUACUUUAUUACCACAAUGUUUCGGUGGAAAUAAACUUAAAAUGGGUUUAACUGUACAACGAGCUGUUAUUAUAACGGGAUAUUCGUGUUUAAUUUCUUGGACAUUGAUGCUUAAUGCGAAAUAUGUAUUAAAAUUAAUUGAGCAUGAUCAAGAAGUUGUUCGAAUAGCUGAUGCUUUUUUACGUUCAUUUAUUGUUGCUGUUCCAUUUGAUGGUUUAUCAAUGUUACUUCAAAAGUAUAUAGCAUCAAAUGAAAAAACAUGGCCUUUAUUAGUAAUUAAUCUGAUUGGCAAUGGUGUCAAUGGACUUUUAAAUUAUCUUUUCUUAUAUAAAUUUCAUUUGGGUGUACGUUCCGUACCUAUAUCAAUUACUAUUUCAUAUGGCAUAAUUGCAUUAUGUGCAUUUUUUUAUAUUCGAUUUUCAUCAAUCUAUAAUGAAACAUGGCAUCCAAUAAAUCGAGCAUGUUUAAAUGAAUGGAGUGUUUAUUUAAAAUUAUCAGUACCAGGUAUAUUAAUGGUUAUGACAGAAUUUUGGUCAAUUGAAUUAAGUAUAUUUUUUGCUGCUCAUCUUAGCAUUCGUUCAUUAUCAGCACAAGUAUGUGCUUAUCAAACAACAUGGCUAUUUUAUUUAGUAACAUCAUCAUUUGCUACAGCAGCUAAUAUACGUAUUGGGCAAUUUUUAGGUAGUGGAAAACCUCUGGAAGCAGCUAAUACAAAAAAUGUGACAUAUGCAGUUGGUGCGAUUAUUAUUCUUAUUAAUAUUUGUUUAAUUAUACUUUCUCAUUAUUGGUUUCCAUUGGCUUAUGAUACACAUGCUGAUGCAGUAACAUUAGCUCGACGUGUUCUUUUACUUAUUGCUCUUUGUCAAAUAUGGGAUGGAUAUAAUGUUAUUAAUACAGGCAUUGUUAAAGCUUGUGGAAAACAAAAACGUGGCGCUAUGAUUGCAUUCUUUGGUUUUUAUGUAUUCGGUAUUCCUAUUGCAGCUUUUUUAAUGUUUUAUGUUCGUAUUGAUAUAUAUGGAUUUUGGAUUGGUAUUAUAGCUGCUGAAACAGUGACUAAUACUCUUUUAUUUAUGUUUAUACAACGUUUCAAUUGGGAACGUCAUGCUAAAGCAGCACUUAUACGUAUUGACUUUAAUCCAAAUAAUACUGCAAUGGUUUCUACUAAUGAUGAAAAACCUGAUGAAAUAAAUUUAGAUUCAAAAAAUGAUACAUAUAAAAAUAGUACGAAGAAAUCAAUUCGAAUAAAAAUUUUUAUUUUAUUAUUAUUAAUUUUAUUUUUAAUAACGGGUAUUAUCACUUCAACAUUGAUACCAUUAUAG